CUGCUUCUCUGGAUCGCUCCUCGCUCCUUUAAAAAAAAAAGAAAAAAAAAAAAAGAAAAAAAAAAAAAAAAAAAAAGGAGAAAAGGAGGAAAAAAAAAAAAAAGGUUGGAAACGUUCCUUUUUUUUCUCCGCCCACUGGCUGCUCACUGCGCGGACCGCUGGCCCUUCCCAUGCCGUCGUCGUCGUCGCCCUCCUCCUCCUCCUUCUCCUCCUCCCGCGAUUGUCUGCGCUCCGGCUGCCGCCCGCCCGCCCGCCCGGACUCCCUGCAUGCACACGCCGCCUCCUAGGUGGCUGCGGGGGGUGGGCGCUCCCGGAGCUGCCAUUCCGCACAUACCUUCAUGUCCCUGCGCUCGCUGCGGCCGCCCGCCGCCGCCGCCCCGCAUCGCUCGCCCGCUCCGGCUGCCGCCCUGACGGCCGCUCCCGCCUGGAGGUGAAGCCGGGAUCCGCGGAGGGGGCGGCGAGGUCGGCGGCGGGUCUCGCCCGGUGGAGCCACCGCCGCCGGCACACGCAGCAGCAGCAGCAGCCAUGAGCAGCGCCGCUACCGCCACCUCCGCCGCCACCACGGCCGGCAGCGGCGCGGGGGAAGGGGCAGAGGAGGCGGCCAAGGACUCGGCGGACAUCGCGGCGUUCUUCCGAUCCGGGUUUCGCAAAAAUGAUGAAAUGAAGGCUAUGGAAGUAUUGCCAAUUUUAAAGGAGAAGGUUGCAUACCUUUCAGGUGGCAGAGAUAAGCGUGGAGGUCCCAUUCUAACAUUUCCAGCUCGUAGUAAUCACGACAGAAUACGGCAAGAAGACCUUAGAAGACUAAUUUCAUAUCUAGCAUGUAUUCCUAGUGAGGAAGUAUGUAAACGAGGAUUCACCGUCAUUGUAGAUAUGCGUGGGUCAAAAUGGGACUCCAUAAAGCCUCUGCUGAAGAUUUUACAGGAAUCUUUUCCAUGUUGUAUUCAUGUUGCACUGAUAAUCAAGCCAGACAAUUUCUGGCAGAAACAGAGAACUAACUUUGGCAGCUCUAAGUUCGAGUUUGAGACAAAUAUGGUGUCUCUGGAAGGCCUUACCAAAGUAGUUGAUCCUUCUCAGCUAACCCCAGAAUUUGAUGGCUGUUUGGAGUACAACCAUGAGGAGUGGAUAGAAAUCAGAGUUGCCUUUGAGGACUACAUUAGCAAUGCAACCCACAUGCUGUCCAGACUGGAGGAACUGCAAGAUAUAUUGUCAAAAAAGGAAAUGCCUCAGGACCUGGAAGGUGCUCGCAAUAUGAUAGAGGAGCAUUCACAAUUAAAAAAGAAAGUCAUUAAGGCCCCUAUCGAGGACCUUGAUGUGGAAGGACAAAAGCUGCUCCAGCGGAUACAAAGCAGUGAUAGCUUUCCCAAAAAGAACUCUGGGUCAGGGAAUGCAGACUUACAGAACCUUUUACCCAAAGUGUCCACCAUGCUGGACAGGCUGCACUCAACACGGCAGCAUCUGCAUCAGAUGUGGCAUGUGCGGAAAUUGAAAUUGGACCAAUGCUUUCAGCUCAGGCUGUUUGAGCAGGAUGCUGAAAAGAUGUUUGACUGGAUCACACACAACAAAGGUCUGUUUCUGAACAGCUACACAGAGAUUGGAACCAGUCACCCCCACGCAAUGGAACUUCAGACACAGCACAAUCACUUCGCCAUGAACUGCAUGAAUGUGUAUGUAAACAUAAGCCGCAUCAUGUCAGUAGCAAGCCGCCUGAUCGAGUCUGGUCAUUACGCUUCACAGCAAAUCAAACAGAUUGCCAGUCAGUUGGAACAGGAAUGGAAGGCAUUUGCUGCAGCCUUGGAAGAACGUAGCACGUUACUGGACAUGUCCUCCAUCUUCCAUCAAAAAGCUGAACAGUACAUGAGCAAUGUGGACUCAUGGUGUAAAGCCUGUGGUGAGGUGGAGCUUCCCUCAGAACUGCAAGAUUUAGAAGAUGCUAUCCAUCAUCAUCAAGGGAUAUAUGAGCACAUUACUUUGGCUUACUCUGAGGUGAGCCAAGAUGGGAAGUCACUCCUUGAUAAACUUCAGAGACCUUUGACUCCCGGGAGUUCUGAUUCCCUCACUGCAUCUGCCAACUACUCAAAAGCAGUUCAUCAUGUCCUGGAUGUCAUCCAUGAAGUAUUGCAUCAUCAGCGCCAACUGGAAAAUAUCUGGCAGCAUCGAAAGGUCCGCUUGCACCAGCGGCUUCAGCUCUGCGUUUUUCAGCAGGAUGUUCAACAGGUGUUGGAUUGGAUUGAAAACCAUGGAGAAGCUUUUCUUAGCAAACACACUGGAGUGGGAAAAUCCCUGCAUCGGGCCAGAGCUUUGCAGAAACGCCAUGAAGACUUCGAAGAGGUUGCGCAGAACACAUAUACGAAUGCAGAUAAGCUCCUAGAAGCAGCAGAGCAGCUUGCUCAGACUGGGGAGUGUGACCCGGAGGAGAUUUAUCAAGCUGCCCAUCAGCUCGAAGACCGGAUACAGGAUUUUGUCAGGCGCGUGGAGCAGCGCAAGAUCCUGCUGGACAUGUCUGUGUCCUUUCACACUCAUGUUAAAGAGCUGUGGACGUGGCUUGAAGAGCUACAGAAAGAACUGCUUGAUGAUGUCUAUGCUGAGUCUGUGGAGGCUGUCCAAGACCUGAUUAAACGUUUUGGUCAACAACAACAGACCACUCUGCAGGUUACAGUCAAUGUCAUAAAAGAAGGUGAAGAUCUCAUACAGCAACUAAGGGAUUCUGCCAUUUCUAGUAACAAGACCCCCCACAACAGCUCGAUCAACCACAUAGAGACAGUCCUGCAGCAGCUGGAUGAGGCCCAGUCUCAGAUGGAGGAGCUUUUCCAAGAACGCAAGAUCAAACUUGAGCUGUUUCUGCAGCUCCGCAUAUUUGAAAGAGAUGCAAUAGAUAUUAUUUCAGACCUUGAGUCUUGGAAUGAUGAGCUCUCUCAGCAGAUGAAUGACUUUGACACUGAAGAUCUUACAAUAGCAGAACAGAGGCUCCAGCAUCAUGCAGACAAAGCCCUGACCAUGAAUAACUUGACCUUUGAUGUCAUCCACCAAGGGCAGGAUCUGCUGCAGUAUGUCAAUGAAGUGCAGGCAUCUGGUGUGGAGCUGCUUUGCGACAGGGACGUGGACAUGGCCACCCGCGUGCAGGACCUGCUGGAGUUCCUGCACGAGAAGCAGCAGGAGCUGGACGUGGCGGCGGAGCAGCACCGCAAGCACCUGGAGCAGUGCGUGCAGCUGCGCCACCUGCAGGCAGAGGUCAAGCAGGUUUUGGGCUGGAUUCGAAAUGGAGAGUCAAUGUUAAAUGCUGGGCUCAUCACUGCUAGCUCUUUGCAGGAGGCAGAACAGUUACAGAGGGAGCAUGAGCAGUUUCAACACGCAAUAGAGAAAACACAUCAAAGUGCCCUGCAGGUUCAGCAAAAGGCAGAGGCAAUGCUGCAGGCUAAUCACUACGAUAUGGACAUGAUCCGGGAGUGUGCAGAGAAGGUUGCUUCGCACUGGCAGCAGCUGAUGCUGAAGAUGGAGGAUCGUCUCAAGCUUGUGAAUGCCUCUGUUGCCUUCUAUAAAACUUCUGAACAGGUGUGCAGUGUGCUGGAAAGCCUGGAACAAGAAUAUAAGCGAGAGGAAGAUUGGUGUGGGGGAGCUGACAAACUGGGCCCCAACUCUGAAACAGAUCACGUUACUCCCAUGAUAAGCAAACACCUGGAGCAGAAGGAAGCAUUUCUGAAGGCCUGCACACUGGCUCGGAGGAAUGCUGAUGUCUUCCUGAAAUACCUGCACAGGAACAGUGUCAACAUGCCAGGGAUGGUGACACACAUCAAAGCACCUGAACAGCAAGUAAAAAAUAUCUUGAAUGAACUCUUCCAGAGGGAGAACCGUGUGCUGCAUUAUUGGACCAUGCGUAAAAGGCGUCUUGAUCAGUGCCAGCAGUAUGUGGUGUUUGAAAGAAGUGCCAAACAGGCUCUGGAAUGGAUUCAUGACAAUGGAGAGUUUUAUUUAUCCACACAUACUUCCACUGGUUCCAGUAUCCAGCACACUCAAGAGUUGUUGAAAGAACAUGAAGAGUUUCAGAUCACAGCAAAGCAAACCAAAGAGAGGGUGAAGUUGUUGAUACAGCUGGCUGAUGGCUUUUGUGAAAAAGGGCAUGCUCAUGCAACAGAGAUUAAAAAAUGUGUCACAGCAGUGGAUAAGAGGUACAGAGACUUUUCCCUUCGCAUGGAGAAAUACAGGACCUCUUUAGAGAAAGCUCUGGGUAUUUCCUCAGAUUCCAAUAAAUCGAGCAAAAGCUUGCAGCUGGAUAUAAUCCCAGCCAGUGUCCCUGGGUCAGAGGUGAAACUGCGCGAUGCUGCUCAUGAGCUUAACGAAGAAAAACGAAAGUCUGCCCGCAGGAAAGAGUUCAUUAUGGCUGAGCUAAUUCAGACGGAAAAGGCUUACGUAAGAGACCUCCGGGAAUGCAUGGAUACAUAUCUAUGGGAAAUGACAAGUGGAGUUGAGGAGAUCCCACCUGGUAUUGUAAACAAAGAACACAUUAUCUUUGGAAACAUGCAGGAAAUUUAUGAGUUCCACAAUAAUAUAUUUCUCAAGGAGUUGGAAAAAUAUGAACAGUUACCAGAAGAUGUUGGACAUUGCUUCGUUACUUGGGCAGACAAAUUCCAGAUGUACGUUACCUACUGUAAAAAUAAGCCAGAUUCCACUCAGCUGAUAUUAGAACAUGCGGGAGCAUACUUUGAUGAGAUACAACAACGACAUGGACUGGCCAACUCUAUCUCCUCUUACCUUAUCAAACCUGUCCAAAGGAUAACAAAAUACCAGCUUCUUUUAAAGGAGCUGCUCACAUGCUGUGAAGAAGGUAAAGGUGAGAUUAAGGAUGGCCUGGAGGUGAUGCUUAGUGUGCCAAAGCGAGCCAAUGAUGCCAUGCACCUCAGCAUGCUGGAAGGCUUUGAUGAAAAUAUAGAAUCUCAGGGAGAGCUCAUCCUUCAAGAAUCCUUCCAAGUGUGGGACCCAAAAACUCUGAUUCGAAAGGGAAGAGAGAGGCACCUUUUCCUUUUUGAGAUGUCCUUGGUUUUCAGUAAAGAAGUGAAGGACUCGAGCGGAAGGAGCAAGUACAUUUAUAAGAGCAAACUGUUUACUUCUGAAUUGGGUGUCACAGAACAUGUAGAAGGAGACCCCUGCAAGUUUGCUCUGUGGGUUGGAAGGACACCAACUUCAGACAACAAAAUUGUUCUCAAGCUGACUGCAUGUGUGGAUCUACUCAGCCAUAAUGGUCCUUUGUGGGGGUUUUGUUUCUUUUGCAUAUCAAAGGCAUCCAGUAUAGAGAAUAAACAGGACUGGAUCAAACACAUCCGGGAAGUGAUACAAGAAAGGACUAUUCAUCUGAAAGGAGCAUUGAAAGAGCCCAUCCACAUUCCCAAAACUGCACCAACAACAAAACAGAAAGGAAGAAGAGAUGGCGAGGACCUGGACAGUCAGGGAGAUGGCAGCAGCCAGCCUGAUACUAUUUCAAUUGCCUCACGAACCUCCCAGAACACGCUAGACAGUGAUAAGUUGUCUGGUGGGUGCGAGCUGACUGUGGUGAUCCACGACUUCACCGCCUGCAACAGCAACGAGCUGACAAUCCGCCGUGGGCAGACAGUGGAGGUCCUGGAGCGGCCCCAUGACAAGCCCGACUGGUGUCUGGUGCGAACCACAGAUCGCUCCCCAGCUGCGGAAGGCCUGGUCCCCUGCGGGUCCCUCUGCAUCGCCCACUCUCGCAGCAGCAUGGAGAUGGAGGGCAUUUUUAACCACAAAGACUCCCUUUCGGUCUCCAGCAAUGAUGCCAGUCCUCCCGCUUCCGUAACGUCACUUCAGCCCCACAUGAUCGGUGCUCAAAGCUCCCCGGGCCCCAAGCGCCCUGGCAACACCUUGAGGAAAUGGCUCACCAGUCCUGUGAGGCGCCUGAGCAGUGGCAAAGCAGAUGGGCACGUCAAAAAACUGGCCCACAAGCAUAAGAAGAGCAGAGAGGUGCGUAAGAGUGCCGAUGCAGGCUCUCAGAAGGACUCCGACGACAGUGCAGCAACCCCACAAGAUGAAACUGUUGAAGAGAGAGGUCGGAACGAGGGGCUGAGCAGUGGCACUCUCUCCAAGUCAUCCUCUUCAGGCAUGCAGAGCUGCGGAGAGGAGGAGGGCGAAGAGGGAGCAGAUGCUGUGCCGCUCCCUCCUCCCAUGGCAAUUCAGCAACACAGUCUUCUCCAGCCCGACUCGCAGGAUGACAAGACAUCAUCUCGAUUGUUGGUGCGGCCAACAAGCUCUGAGACGCCCAGUGCUGCAGAACUCGUCAGUGCCAUUGAAGAGCUCGUCAAAAGUAAAAUGGCUCUGGAGGACCGUCCAAGUUCCUUGUUGGUAGAUCAAGGUGACAGCAGCAGUCCGUCCUUCAACCCUUCAGAUAAUUCCCUUCUAUCCUCCUCGUCACCCAUAGAUGAGAUGGAGGAAAGGAAAUCCAGCUCCUUAAAAAGACGACACUAUGUCUUACAGGAAUUAGUGGAGACAGAGCGAGAUUAUGUGCGAGACCUGGGCUAUGUAGUUGAGGGUUAUAUGGCACUUAUGAAGGAAGAUGGUGUACCUGAUGAUAUGAAAGGCAAAGACAAGAUUGUAUUUGGAAACAUUCACCAGAUUUAUGACUGGCACAGAGACUUCUUUUUAGGAGAGUUGGAGAAGUGCCUUGAAGAUCCAGAAAAGCUGGGAUCCUUGUUUGUUAAACAUGAGAGAAGGUUGCACAUGUACAUAGUUUACUGCCAAAACAAACCAAAGUCUGAACACAUUGUCUCAGAAUACAUUGAUACGUUUUUUGAGGAUCUAAAGCAACGCCUGGGCCACAGACUUCAGCUUACAGACUUGCUAAUAAAACCUGUGCAGAGAAUUAUGAAAUACCAGCUGUUACUAAAGGACUUCCUCAAGUAUUCUAAAAAAGCUAAUCUUGACACAACAGAACUAGAGAAAGCUGUAGAGGUCAUGUGUAUAGUACCAAAACGGUGUAAUGACAUGAUGAAUGUUGGCCGCCUGCAAGGAUUUGAUGGUAAAAUUGUAGCCCAGGGUAAGCUCCUGCUGCAGGACACAUUCUUGGUUACAGACCAGGAUGCAGGACUUCUGCCACGCUGCAAGGAAAGACGGGUCUUCCUGUUUGAGCAGAUUGUCAUUUUCAGUGAGCUGCUAGAUAAAAAGAAAGGUUUCUCCAUGCCCGGAUUCUUGUUUAAAAACAGUAUCAAGGUGAGUUGCCUUUCUCUGGAGGAAAAUGUGGACAGCGAUCCAUGUAAAUUUGCACUAACAUCAAGAACGGGCGAUGUCACGGAGACCUUUAUUUUGCAUUCUGCCAGUCCGGGAGUCCGCCAGUUAUGGAUCCAUGAAAUUAACCAAAUUUUGGAAAACCAGCGCAACUUUUUAAAUGCCUUGACGUCCCCGAUCGAGUACCAGAGGAACCACAGCAGUGGUGGAGGCGGCGGCGGGAGCAGCAGCGGUAACAGCGGCGGCCCCAGCAGCUGUAGUGGCAUCCCCAGCUCCAGCCGUAGCCGGCCAUCCCGGAUCCCCCAGCCUGUCAGACACCAUUCCCCAGUCCUGGUCUCCUCUGCAGCCUCGGCCCAAGCAGAGGCAGACAAGAUGUCAGGUAUGUCCAUUCACAAUCACUCCCUGCCACACUACAACACCUCUUUAGAAACUGGCCUGAGCCAGCCAGACAGGCACCCUCCCAGUGCAGAGCCGGAUGGUCCUCAGAGAGAAGCUGAACAGAUUCCCAAGAUGAAAGUUAUUGAAAGUCCCAGGAAGACAGCAGGAAACAUUUCUGGCUCAGCUGAUGGAGCCCAGAAAGACUCACGUGGAAUCUCAGAGGACAGUCGAACAAGAAACAGCAUAGGAUCACUGACGCUUGGGAAGCCAAGGCCAGGAGCCAUAUCUCCAAUGAACUCUCCUCUGUCCACGACUUUCCCUUCUCCUUUUGGCAAGGAAACCUUUCCACCCAGCAGCCCCCUGCAGAAGGGCUCCUUUUGGAGCUCCAUCCCAGCAUCCCCUGCCAGCCGCCCUGGCUCCUUCACUUUCCCUGGGGACAGUGACUCCCUCCAGCGGCAGGUCCACCGCCACUCUUCACACAGCAAGGACACAGACCGCAUGAGCACAUGCUCCUCGACCAGCGAGCAGUCAGUUCACUCCACCCAGAGUAAUGGGAGUGAAAGUAGCAGCAGUAGCAAUAUCUCCACCAUGCUGGUGACACACGAUUACACGGCAGUGAAGGAGGAUGAGAUAAAUGUCUACCAAGGAGAGGUCGUGCAGAUUCUAGCCAGCAACCAACAGAACAUGUUUUUGGUGUUCAGAGCCGCCACCGAUCAGUGCCCCGCAGCCGAGGGCUGGAUUCCCGGCUAUGUCUUGGGGCAUACCAGUGCAAUCAUCAUUGACAACCCUGAUGGAACCAUCAAGAAGUCAACGUCUUGGCACACAGCACUCCGAUUAAGGAAGAAAUCUGAGAAAAAAGAUAAAGACGGCAAAAGGGAAGGCAAGCUAGAAAAUGGUUAUCGCAAAUCCCGAGAAGGACUUGCCAACAAGGUUUCUGUUAAACUUCUCAACCCCAAUUACAUUUAUGAUGUUCCCCCAGAGUUUAUAAUUCCAUUGAGUGAGGUAACAUGUGAGACAGGAGAGACCAUCGUGCUUAGGUGUAAAGUCUGUGGUCGCCCCAAGGCUUCAGUUACUUGGAAAGGUCCUGAUCAUAAUACACUGAGCAAUGACGGUCAUCACAGCAUUUCCUACAGUGACUUGGGAGAGGCGUCGCUGAAGAUCGUUGGCGUCACUGCGGAAGACGAUGGUAUCUACACGUGCAUAGCUGCAAACGAUAUGGGUUCGGUUUCAUCCUCCGCCAGUCUACGAGUUUUAGGUCCUGGAAGUGAUGGGAUCAUGGUCAUCUGGAAAGACAACUUUGAUUCCCACUAUAGUGAAGUGGCUGAGCUUGGCAGGGGCAGAUUUUCUGUCGUUAAGAAGUGUGACCAGAAGGGAACCAAGCGAGCAGUAGCCACUAAGUUUGUGAAUAAGAAGUUGAUGAAGCGAGACCAGGUUACCCAUGAACUUGGAGUCAUGCAGAAUCUCCAGCAUCCCCAGCUCAUUGGCCUUCUCGAUACCUUUGAGACCUCCACCAACUACAUACUUGUGUUAGAAAUGGCUGACCAGGGUCGCCUUCUGGACUAUGUCGUGCGAUGGGGAAACCUCACAGAAGGGAAGAUCAAACUCUACCUGGGAGAGAUUCUGGAAGCUGUGCAGUAUCUUCAUAACUGCAGAAUAGCACACUUGGACCUAAAGCCUGAAAAUAUUUUGGUGGACCAGAGUUCCACUAAGCCAACAAUAAAACUGGCUGACUUUGGAGAUGCAGUCCAGCUCAAUACCACGUAUUAUAUCCACCAGUUACUUGGAAACCCAGAGUUUGCAGCUCCUGAAAUUAUUCUUGGAAAUCCUGUUUCACUCACUUCAGAUGUUUGGAGCAUUGGAGUGCUCACUUAUGUCCUUCUUAGUGGCGUCUCUCCUUUCCUGGAUGAAAGCGUAGAGGAAACUUGCCUGAAUAUUUGCCGCUUAGACUUUAGUUUCCCAGAUGACUACUUCAAAGGAGUUAGCCAGAAGGCCAAAGAUUUUGUAUGCUUCCUACUUCAGGAUGACCCAGCUAAGCGUCCCUCGGCUGCACUGGCCCUCCAGGAGCAAUGGCUGCAGCUGGGGAAUAGCAAAAGUGCUGACAGCAUUGAUAUAUCCAGACUGACUUCGUUCAUUGAGCGGCGAAAACACCAGAAUGAUGUUCGACCCAUCCGUAGCAUUAAAAACUUCUUACAGAGCAGGCUCUUGCCAAGAGUUUGACCUUGCUUGAAGUUCUCUCUCAUUCUCUUUCACCUGCCAAUCAAUCAGACUGGAGAUGGACUCCUCCUGCCAAUCAAUCAGACUGGAGAUAGACUCCUCCUGCCAAUCAGCUGUUGACUUGAAUUUUGAGGAAAGCAAACCCCAAGCCAACCAGCUGCUAGUGAAUGUUCGUGUGCAAAUGCAUUCCACAGGGACCCGCGCAGGGCGGCGCGGGGGACUGGAGAUGCAGACUUCACGGGGGUGGAGGACAAUAGCACUGUACUCUGCAAAAAGCAGUCACAAGCGAUACAGCAACAGUAUUUUAUUCAGGUUUCUGCAAAAAAAAAAUAGUUUUUUUAAUAAACAAGAGUUGAAUUUUGCAAGUGAACUUAGCUACCGUUUUCAAGAUUUAUUCAAGGAAGAAAUGCCUAUGUUUAAAGCACUGGUGUUAAACAAAAAUCAGAUCAUGCCUGGAGAAGACUCACUAAAAUGGCUGCCCAUUGGUACGGCCUCCAUUUAUAACAUCUGGUUUUCACUUGGUCCUAGAGCUUUCCAGUUGCCUCGCCUGUAUGUAUCUCACGUAGCAGUGCACUGAGAUCAGACUCUGCUUUUAAGUGCAUCCAACCUCAAAAGAUUUUGCAUACAAAUAGAAUGAAUUGUUUUGCUCUGAUAAAAUGUAGGCCUUACUUGUAUAUAGACUGUUACCUGCCUUCGGUCUGUAAUUUUUUUCCCUCUCCUCUCAUCCUUUUUUCCUCCCUCCUUCCUAAAUGGUGGUAUACCACUGUGCGGGUCUUCAGUUUGGGUCAGUAGUCACUGUCCCCCUAGAAAAGAACUUUGGGUUGGUGCCCAGCUUGCUGACCCAAUUGUCAAGCAGUAUACAGCAGGAUGAAAUACUGUAAAUGCACUCAUUUGGGAUUUUGUUUUCUUUCAUAUCAUGUGCAAUGUUGUGGCUUUAACAUUUUAUGCAACUAUUUAUGAGGACCUCUGUUGUAACUGUAAUAAAUAUAUAGAAAAAGCACAUAGUACGGCGAGCUUUAUGGUUUUGUUUGUGUGAUUGGGGGUUCUGGGUGGGCAUGGGCGGGUGUGUUGUACCACACUGUCAUUAUUAGUUUAAGAUGAGGAUUAGCAUGGAAUUUAGUCAAGACUAGUCAGUUUUAAGGAUUGUUAAAAAGAAAAAAAUUAAGAGAGAGAGAGAGAGAGAUUAGUAUCCCAAAUGUCAAACUGGUUAAGAAGUAGAGUGACACUUUUAAAAAUUAUUACUAUUAUAUUUAAAAUGCCAAAGUCUGACUUUCCCCAGAUCAGUCUCAACACUUAACUACUUUUUAGAAUUUUCAAAUCUGUUUUUUUACUUCUUUCUGUGAAAUGAACAAAUUAAUCUUGUGGUCUUUGGUGAAGAAUACAUUUGGCAAGUAGCAGUGAGAUGAGGAGAAUUGGACAUGUAAUGUAAUUGUCUUAGUAACUGUUUUUAAGGUUGAAGUAAUAUUAGCGUGAGAUAUUUAAAAAGACAGAGAUGGUUUUCUGUGCAUCACUGAGUUCAUGUGGGUGUGUUGUCAUCUUUGUUUGUGUGAAAUGCCAUGUUUAAGGAAACCAAGCUGACAUCCCACAAGAGUUAGAUAUAUGGGUGUUAAGCCAUAACCUAGCUUGGGUUAGUUUUGAGCUUUGUGGCUUCCACUGAAUCCUAUUUAUUCUUUUUUUUUUUUUUUUUUUUUGGUUUUUUUGAGGUUUUUUUUGUAAAGUUGUACAGAAACUUUUAAAAAGAAAACAACUGACUUCGAAACUGGAUGUGUAUUCGUUAUUCGUACCAACCUCAUAUCAUUAUGUUUGUGUAUUAUUUUCCUUUAUUGUUUUAGUUAAAUUUUUGCUUUAUUUUGCAUGUAUAUUUCUUUGUACAGUGAUGUUACAUGUUUACACAGUAUGACAUGAUGUAAAUAUUUUAUUUUGCCAUCAGUUAUUUUGAAAAAAAUUAAACAUAUUUGACAUAAUUGUCUGAUCUCUUGCUUUAAGAAGUUUGAGGGUUUAGGUUUGGCUAUAUUUUAAUUUGGCUCUG